AUGGGAUGUGGAACAGUUGACGGUUGCAUCGAUUGGUUAGUGGAUCUCAAGAAAUACAUGGCUUUGGCAGGUGAACCAGUCCGAAUGAAAUGUGCCCUUUUCUACAGCUACAUCAGAACUAACUAUAGCAUGGCUCAAAGCACAGGCCUUCGGCUCAUGUGGUAUAAAAAUAGAGGAGACUUGGAAGAACCUAUUAUCUUCUCUGAAGUUAGGAUGAGCAAAGACGAGGACUCGAUAUGGUUUCAUGCAGCGGAGGUUCAAGAUAGUGGGUUCUACACUUGUGUGUUAAGAAAUUCAACAUACUGCAUGAAGGUGUCGAUGUCCUUGACAGUUGCUGAAAAUGAAUCAGGACUUUGCUACAACAGCACAAUCCGUUAUUUAGAAAAAUCAGAAAUCACUAGAACAAAGAUAAUUUCCUGCCCGGAUAUAGAGGAUUACAAAACAGGAAACCGAGAACCAGAUGUAAUAUGGUACAAGGAGUGUAAGCCAAAAAUGUGGAGAAGUAUAGUUGUUCAGAAAGAAAAUUCUCUUCUAAUACAAGACGUCCAAGAAGAAGAUGGUGGAAAUUACACUUGUGAGCUAAAGUUUGAGGGAAAGCUAAUAAGACGAACUACAGAGCUCAAAGUUACAGCUUUAGUCACGAAAAGACCUCCACAGCCUUUGUACCCGACAGAGAACCAGACAAGUGUUAUAGAUGUCCAGCUGGGUCAACCUUUAAAUGUUGCCUGCAAAGCAUUUUUUGGGUUUAGUGGAGAGUCAGGUCCCAUGAUCUACUGGACGCGAGGAGAGAGAUUUAUUGAAGAACUUGAAAAUCACAUUAAAGAAGGUGAAAUCAGGCUUCUCAAAGAACAUCUAGGAGAAAAAAUAGUGGAGUUAACUUUGAUCUUUGAUGUUGUGAAGGAGCCAGACCUGGCCAAUUAUACAUGCCAUGUAGAAAACAGAAACGGGCGGAAACACGCAAGCGUAAUUCUGCGUAAAAAAGAUCUGAUCUCCAGAAUUGAACUUGCUGGUGGUCUGGGGGCUAUCCUUCUCUUGCUGGCAUUACUUGUGACUAUCUAUAAAUGCUACAACAUAGAACUGAUGCUAUGUUACAGACAGACGUUUGGAGGCGACGAAGCAGUGGACGACAACAAAGAAUAUGAUGCUUAUCUUUCAUACACCAAAGUGGAUCCAGAUGCAUUAGACUGUGACAACCGUGAAGAGGACCAGUUUGCACUUGAAAUCUUGCCGGAUAUUCUGGAGAAACAUUAUGGAUACAAACUCUUCAUUCCAGACAGGGACCUGAUCCCUACUGGAACUUACCUUGAAGAUCUCACAAGAUGCGUAGAGCAAAGUCGAAGACUCAUUAUUGUGCUAACUCCAGAUUACGUCCUCAGAAGGGGCUGGAGUAUUUUUGAGAUGGAAAACAGACUCCAUAAUAUGCUAGUCAGCGGAGAAAUCAAAGUGAUUUUCAUAGAGUGUCCUGAAUUAAAAGGGAAAGUGAAUUACCAGGAAGUGGAGUCUUUAAAGCACAUCAUCAAACUUUUCUCAGUAAUUAAGUGGAAUGGUCCAAAAAGCAGUAAACUGAAUUCUAAGUUUUGGAAGCGCUUGCUUUACGAAAUGCCAGUGAAGAAAAAAGAGGUUUUAUCUCGGCGUCAGGUCCUGGAUUCGGCUGAACAGGGUCUUUUUGGGGAUCUCCAAACAAUACCUUCCAUUGCAGUGACAGAUACUUCUGCCUCUUUGACUGCAUCACAAGCAGACUUGGGCAGUUAUCAACAAGUGGAUUCUGCACAAACAAGACAUUACUGCAGAGGAUAUGAGUACGACAUGCAAUCUGCAACCUUGCCGUUAGCUGCCAUAAGCAGUAAUCACCACACCUACUGUAACAUACCCCUGACGCUACUCAAUGGACAGCUACCUCUUAACAGCAGCAUUAAAGAUGCUCAAGAAUUUCAUAGGAAUAACUCGUUGCUACCAUUAUCAACGAGGGAGCUUAGCUUCACCAGCGAUAUAUGGUAG